CGACGCAGUUUAGUGAGGAUGACUAGAUAUUAUUGUCGAGGGCAGAAUCGCAGAGAAACACGGAGGAGACAAGCGAGAAGGAAAAGGGGAGAAAAUGAAGGCGCUGGGAUGGUGGCUGAUGCUAGUGGGUUCUCUUCGAUUAGCUUCCGUAUGGUUCGGUUUCUUCGACAUUUGGGCUCUUAGGCUCGCUGUCUUCUCCAAGACCACCAGUAAGCUGUUGACUGAAAUUCAUGGAAGGACAUUUGGAGUUUGGACACUUUUGACUUGCACUCUUUGCUUUCUCUGUGCAUUCAACCUUGAUAAUAAGCCACUUUAUUUGGCUACCCUUUUAUCUUUCAUAUAUGCUUUUGGGCACUUCUUGACUGAAUACCUAAUAUAUCAGACAAUGGCCAUUGGAAAUUUGACAACUGUGGGCAUCUUUGCAGGUACAUCAAUAGUUUGGAUGCUGAUUCAGUGGAAUGCACAUCAAAAGAGCCACACCAAGCAUUCUUGAAAAAUGGAAUGAUGAGUUAUGAAGUGCCUUGUUCUCCUGCUUUCCCGCUGGUCAUUCCAAAGGAUAUUUCCUUCCAGGAUCUAGCUUCUAACAUAGAUUUUGUUAGCGUGCAAAGUUUUGGAUGCUAUCUUAAUUUCUGUCAUUCCUUUGUCUGUUCCAUUUCGAAGUUCAGCCUGCUGGAGUAGAGUUUUUCAGAAAAAUCCAAUAAAAGAAAUUAUAGGAGUUAAGUUUAUAAUUUUGGCAAAGCUUACGUUUUCAUCCCUUAGUUGAUGUCCAGGUUGAGAAAAUUUUUAGGUAAAAUUACUUUUUCAUUCUCCAUGUAUAACAUAAUUAAUGAAUUUAUCUCUCUAUUUUUAAGAUUUAAUAUUUCAGUCUCUGAA